GGCCCUUUAUGGCUUCCUCUCCGCUGCGCAAACGCGAAUGUCUCGUGUAUGUGCAGUGCGACGGCCACAAGCUGCUAGGGGACACAAAGGGCACAUAUUCGAAAACUCCCUAAUCAUGAUAGGCUGAGACAUGCUUUCUUAGCUAAACGUUCACUGCCAGUCUAAAGAUUUUUAAAAUUUCUUUUUGUACUGAUAUUCAAUGCGUUUGCCAUUCAUGACCGCACUCUUACGGUCAUCACCCGGUUCCGUCACUUACUCCUUGUAGCGGCUGGCGCUCAGAGCUUCUCGAGCUCCGAAGUUCCUCGAGGCCAUUCACACGUCCCGCAUGCUGUCCCAUCUGACCGAAACAAUGGAGGUACUGAGCAGCAUACGGGCCUACGGCGUCCUGGAUCGCUUCUGCACGCACUUCUACCGCCUGGUGGACACAAACUCGCGCGCCUAUUGGGCCUUCUGCAUGUACUACCGCCUCGUUCGCGUGGGCAGUUGUCUCUGCGGCUUCAUCGUCAUCUUGACCACGAUGCUCUUCGUGGUUUUGCUCCCGCCCUGGGGCGUGCAUCCGGACCCGAGCAGCGUCGGACUCACUCUGAGUGCUGCGUCUUCGAUUCUUCAAACAAUGGUUGCCACGAGUUCGUCGAUGUUCGCAGCCCUCCAAGCUGUGGUGUCCUUCGAGCGCUGCGUCGACUACACCGAACUUCCCCAAGAAAGUGCAGUGGAGCCCGGAGUAGAGGCGUAUGAUGACCUUGAUCCAGAACACUCGAAGCUAUCGGAGUGGCCGCCAGAAGGCAAGGUGGAGUUUGUCUCCUACGCGGCGUCGUACAAGCCUGGAAUUCUGCCCGACGUGCUCAAGGGCAUCACCCUCACGGUGAACCCUACCGAAAAGGUAGGCGUGGUUGGUCGGACGGGGGCUGGAAAAUCCUCCCUGGUGAUGGCUCUUCUCCGCGUCUUGAAGAGCUCUCAAGGCUGCAUCCGAAUUGAUGGCCGGGACAUUGCUCGAGUUCACCUGAAGAAACUUCGCUCGGGCAUCACCGUAAUUCCUCAGGAUCCACAACUGGUUCGAGGAACUCUACGAGAAAAUCUCGACCCAACAGGGUCCCACACUGACGAUGAGAUCUGGACAGCACUGGAGCAAGCUCACCUCAAAGAUGUCGUGGCAAAGGACCCGAAACGACUGCUUUUAGACACCGGAGAUGGGGGUUCUAGCUUCAGCGUGGGUGAGCGUCAGCUGGUAUGCCUCGUCCGGGCUCUGCUGCGGAAGCCCAGGCUGCUUGUCCUGGACGAGGCCACGUCCCAGAUGGACGGUGACACAGAUCAGCUGAUCCAGGCUACGCUUCGGGAGGCGUUCGCCCAGUGCACGCAAAUCACCAUAGCGCACCGGAUACACACUGUGCUCGAUCACGACAAGAUUCUCGUGAUGAGUGACGGCUGCGUUCUGGAGUAUGGGACAGUCGCAGACUUGCUCUCCAAUCCAUCCUCGGUGUUUCGAAACAUGGCCAGAGACGCAUUGAUCCAAACGGACUCGGCGAAGUAAACGAAGUUUUUGGCGAAGGUAUUCCCGGCACGGACGCUACGUCACCGCACAAAGUUGACUGGAUUCCUUUCCAGUCGCCCCGACGAUGCAUCU